CCUGCGGCGGGACGCUUCCGUCCCUAUGCAAGCACGAGGCAUAGAGUGACUCGGGGCCGGUACAUCACUUCAAAUGACAGGCGCGGCUAUAUUCCCGUCUAUGAAUAUCCUCUUAAUGGCCAAUGGAUCAUGAUGGACAUUGAUGAUGGCUACAUCCUUUGGACGGGUAUUUGGAAAGGUGGGCGCCUCUCCGAUAUUGUAAAGAUGCUAGAAUCACAGCCCGACCUCGCCCCACAGCUCCGACGAGUUCGUGGAGGCUAUCUGAAAAUACAAGGAACGUGGAUGCCCUACGAGGUUGCUCUACGCUUGGCGAGACGAGUGGCGUGGACGAUUCGUGAAGACUUGAUUCCGCUCUUUGGGUAUGAAUACAAAAUUGCUUAUCUUUAA